AUGCACCUCCUACUCACGCUCUCGCUGGUGCUAGGCGCCCUAACGACGCUCUUCUACACGCUCGAGUCCCGUCUCGAGUCCUUCUACAUCUUCACGCCGGAGUCGCUGCACGCACUCAGUCUCUCGGCAAUUGAGCGCCACGGCAACGAUACCGCGGCCGUCGUAUCCUACAUUGUCGACUCGCUGUCGGCGUCGCACCCGCAGCAUGUUAAUCUCGAUGAGGAGUGGGUGUUUAAUAAUGCAGGGGGCGCAAUGGGGGCCAUGUAUAUUAUACAUGCGAGUGUGACGGAGUAUCUGAUUGUGUUUGGGACGCCCGUGGGCACAGAGGGGCAUACGGGACGGCAUACUGCGGAUGAUUAUUUUCAUAUUCUCAAGGGCGAGCAGUUGGCGUAUGCGCCGGGUAAGGGGGUUUAUGAGGCCGAGAGGUAUCCUCAGGGUAGCGUGCACCAUCUUCGCCGCGGCGAGGUGAAGCAGUACAAGAUGGACGGAGAGUGCUUUGCGCUCGAGUAUGCGAGGGGAUGGAUUCCACCCAUGUUGGGAUUCGGAUAUGCUGAUACUUUUACGAGUACCUUGGAUUUCCCGACCUUGUGGCGCACGACGGUGAUUACGGGACGCGAGAUGAUCGCUAAUUUGCUCAAGGGGAAGUUGUAG